AUGGAAGAUGAUUUACUAGCAGCAUCAAAUUUAAAGGCAAUUUCCCAUACAAGCUCUUCAUUAAACUGGUUUCACAUAUUUUUAAUUAUCAAAAACUCAUUUUUUGAUGCUUUUUCAAUAAUAUAUAGCUGCCAAGCAAAGAGAGUUUCUCCAAAUAAUUCCAAUGAAAAACUCCUUCAAAUUAUAUUAAGUAUUAUAAUUUAUCUCCAAAUAGCAAGAUUUAAUUGAAGCAAAGAUCUCAAUAUGAAUGAUUACAUCGGAAAGAAUUGAACCAUUUUAAGCUAUCUGAGCAUUGAUCAAAUUUGUGCUGAUUCAGGAUACCUCUAUGGCUGUUUUUUAAUGUCAAGUAUUUCUGUUUUAAUAUGCGCGAUUUUUGUAUUUUUGUUUUCAAUAAUAAGCUAUCAAAAACUGGCUUUUAAGUCACACAUUGCUUUAAUUCCAAAAAUAAUUAUGCUUUUUCUAUCAACAAUAGGAUUCAUUCCAUCCCUUGUUAUUUUUAUGUUUACACUAAAAAAUUCAAUAAGUAAAGAAAACUCAAUAGAAGAAUAUUCUACUUGUACAGACUGCAAUUUGAAUCUUGGGGCUACUGGAAUUGUUUGAUCGCUUAUUAAUUUGAUUUUAUUACCAAUAAUUGCAUAUGGGAGAGAGAUUUUUUCAGCAGAAUUAAGACAUACUUUUGCAUUGAGAAGUCUCAAAGCAAGAGCUCACUCAUCAAUAGACAUUGAGAUGAUUUCUUUCUCUAUUAUUAUCUCUGUAACUUACGUUUUAAUUAGCGAUUACAGCUACUAUUUUCAUCAGACAAUCCUUGUCCUCUACUCUUUAUAUAUCCUUUACAGAAUUCUGAAAUAUGCUCCGUAUUACAAUAUUUUUUUGAAUGCAUUAAUUUUUGCUAAAAAUUCAGCAAUUCUAUUUACGACUCUAGCCUUUCUUUUUGGUAAUGCUAUAGGAGAUUCUCAAGUUACAAUUGUCUUUUUUUGGCUAAUCAACCCAAUAUUAAUCUUCAUCUCUUUGAAUUAUGCUAUGAAAAUAAUUAAAGAAAUCGGGGAAAACACAAGUUAUAAUUAUGAUCAGUAUAAUUUUGAGCUACGAUUAAGGAAAACCUUAAUGGAUGAUUCGCCUAGUAAUCCCACAAGUGUCCUAACUGAAUUCUCAGAAGCUACAAAAAGACGAGGAUACAAAGCUGAUAAACUUUUUGUGAUUUGGGAGUCCAACUAUUGCUUCUACAAUCUUGGAGACGAAAGACUAGGAAGGGUAAAAUUCUAUAAAAUUUUUCUUUUCAAGCCCACUAUUGAAGGCUGCUUUCAAGAAUGAGCAGUUUCUAGGCUAUUUGAAAAAAAUAAUAUUGGGGUUUACGAAGAUGUUAGCACUAUAUAUUACUUUCUGGAGUUAGACAGCAUCAAGGCGAAAGAUGAGCUCCUGUGUAACAAGCUUAUUGAUUUUUGGAACGAAUUGACAUCUUCAAGGCCAAAAAUAGAAAAGCUCAACUUAAUAGCAGAAACGGUAUCAGACACUAUGGAUGCUGUUAAUAAUGGAUACUCAAAGCUUGUUAAGAAUUUCCCAAAUCGGGCUUCUUGCCACGAUUUAUAUGGCUCUUUACAGAUUGAUAUCCUUGGAAAGCAAGAAUAUGGCAGUAAAUUGAUAAUGAAAAGGGAAAGUCUGCGCAUGAUAGACCUUCAGGAAAAUAAAAAUAAAUUUUCACCUUUUUCUGAAAAUAAUGGGUUCAUUAUUAUUUCUGCUAAUAAUGACUCAUAUUGCAUAGAAUUAGUUAAAAUAGCCAACUCCUAGCCUUGCAAAAUAUCAGAGAUGCAUUUUUCCGUCUUAACUUUAUAUUAGAGCUUGCUCCUCUUAAUCACAUUGAAGCCAUUUGAGAAUCCAAAAGUAAAUAAGCUAGCUGCUUUGCGCGUUGUCUCUACUUUUAUUCAGCAUCUGCAGUUUUCUAGUCUUUUUUCAGCAAUGGAAAGAGUUAAAUCUUAAAGGAUGCGAGGGUAGACAAUCAUCUAGACUAAUUAAAGGAGAAGAGGGAAAAGAACUCGUGAAGCGAACUCUCUUCAGCUGAGGCCCUUUUAUUAUAGUUAAUCACUCAUUUGGCACUAUUUUCUAUGCGAAUUCUAUAGCAGCUCAUAUUUUAAAGCAAACUAUAGGCAGUAUUGUUGGUUCAAAAAUAUUGACUUACAUUCCUGAGCCCUAUUCCAAAAACCAUUAUAAAUUCAUGAGAAGGUACAUUAAAAACUGUGUUAAAACAGAAUCAGGCAUAGGGAUGCCAAAUGUUCUCCAAACUGACCGAGGCUAUUUGGUGGAGUGCAACUUUGAAUUUCAUUUGGUUUCCCUAAUUAAAAAUAUUUAUUAUGUUCUUGCAAUGAAGCCAGUCUCAAAAUGGGUCAAAAAAAAUUAACGAUUCUAUUGCAUAUUUAAAUAUAUUAUUACUGAAAUACCAUAAAAUAUCUAAAAACCCAAUUUUUUAUAAUCAUUUAAAGAUUUUUGCCUUAUAGCAAAUAAAAUACCUCAAAAACAAGAGAAAUCGCUUUAGUUUCUGAUGAUGGGAUAGUCCAAGCGCACAGUGAAAGUUUUUUACAUUAUAUUGAGAGUUCCAAAGAAACUGGAAAAAAUGAAAAUAUCAGUGAUUUGAUUCCAAACCUCAAUUUUGCUCUUCUCAAAUCUCAUGUGCCAGUUAUGAUUGGACACGGUAAUAAACACUUGCUAUUUGUAUUAAUUAGGACCACAUUAAAAUCUACAAGCUUGAAUUUAUUACUUUUAGUUCACAACCAGCAAGAAGUUGAGGAAUGAAAUCGAGGGGAAGAUGAGUUUCAAAAAGAAAUGAAUGAAGUGACCUUAAAAAAUUUCCAGUUAUUGGCUUUAUCAAGAAGCGAUCUUCGAAGUAACACGUUAACUCUUCUCUCUGAGUAAAUAAAAUAUUGGAAAAACUAUUUUUCUUCAAAAACCUACCUUAAUAAAAUAUAUUUUAAUAAAAAAUGUAUUAUUAGAAAAAUUUGAAGGUAUUUAUUUAACUAAAAGUUGUAUAAUAUAUAAUUGAUAAUAACCAUAAUGGAUCUCGAGCUAAUUUUUGAGAUGAAUUCUAAAAAACUAAAUUUUUAUUUUUCACUUACAGAGAAGGGGAGUAAGCAAUUCCUUGUACGCAAUCAAUGCUAUGGAAAGAGCAAGCCAUCAGCAUUAAUAUUGAUUAACUUAUAUAGAAGCCCGCUGUAAAUCCCGAAGGACUACCUCUACCCAUGAUGCUUCACUCGGAUGCCCGCCACCAAUUGCAACACGAUCUUCAAAGCUUCACUCCUAUAGACGAGGGCCAGCACUCACUACCUGCAGUCGGAUGAGUUGGACUAUCUUGCUUUCUGGUCGAGCUGUCAGCCAAAAUGUAUAUUCAAAGCCUGGGAUCUCACCCAGUUUCACGCUAGGGAGUUGCCCAAUUGACUAAGCCAAAGAGCCUGGUGUAAAUGAGCUUCCCCCUUUCCAACUUCGCCUUCUAUUUCCCCUGAGACAAAACCCUGGUACCAGAAUGAGUUGGGUCGGCCUAUUAUGACGUUGCGCUCGACUGAGCUAUACUUUACCGAGCGCUAAUUUCCCUUCCACAAGAUCGCCGGUGCCUGCGCGGGCCUCAGCUACACAGUUUUGAGAAAAAGGGCUGGCUCGCCGUCACCAUUUUAAUGCUGAUGAAAAGAGCAAACCAAAAUGAGGAAAAAGAUGAGAAUAAAAUCAGCGAAAAAGUGGUCUCCAACACUUGGGGAAGCAGCUACUCAUCUCUUAGCUUUAUAAGUAAGUGAUAUUUAGACUAUGGAGAAAAAAAGAAAAAGAAUGCUCAAAUUGCGCUGAAAGUAACCCAAUGGACACUUGCAGCAUCAAUAUUAGCGAUUAUUGGAAUGAAUAUUGGAAUUUUGUUUUAUAUUAAAACAGAAAUUCAGCAUUCAAAUGACUUACACCCACUUGUAGGCAAUUGUUUUACUAAUUGAAGGGGUAAAUUUUUAUAAGGAUUAAAUAAUAUCAUUUAUAAUCAAUAGAAAAUUGGUGUUUAUUGAUACUUUUGCUUUCUCUAUGAAAAAAUAUAAAUGGAAUCCAUCCCAAAGUUUGUAUUCGUUAUAAAUGAUCUUCAUCAAUCUUUGUUUUUACUAAUAAAAAUGUUAAUCCAAGUUUUAUAUAUCGAAAUAUUUUAUAAUUUUUUUCACAUGUGGCCGUGCUAAAUUUAAAGAUUUGAACAUUUCUUUAUCAUAGGGAAAGUUAUCAAAGGCGGAACACUUCGCCUCCAUAAUGCUGCAGAUAACUAGGAUUGCGGGGUUAUCAAGAGCAAUAGACUUUGCAACAACUUAUAAUGGCCUUAACACGACGUUUUUAGAAUCCUGUUUCAAUACAAGCUUAGCUAUUUUGAGCUCACUUCAAAGCACGAUCUUGGCUGACUAUGAUGAGUGGAGCUACUGUUCAAGCUCAGAAAUGGUGACAAAUGAAAUAAUUCCAAUAUGAACCCGAGAUACCUUGCACACUAACUCUCAUUACAAUUUUUAUGAUAUGGUUACAGUUUAUCUGAAACGUGUAAAAUAUAUUCAGGGAAAUUCAUUUAUCAAUAAUGUCAAGCAAGGCCAAAACUAUUCAGAUGACGAAUUUUUUUUAAUUGUGAAUGGAUUUGGGGUGGGCUAUCAAAUACUCAAUACUACUCUUGCUGGACUUAUAGACUGCGAGGUAGAUAGGAUAAAUGAUGAUGAUGUGGUAGUCAUUGUGUUGAUUUCGAUGGGGAUUGCUAUAUUGGGUACUCUGUCUGCGGUACUGCUAAUCUUGAUAGUUAAUUUUAGUAGGAAAUAUAACGAAAUUUGGAAUUUCAUCAGAAAGCAAGCAAUCAUUUCUUAUAUUGAACUUUUUCAAAGCUGCUUUAAUAGGCUUUCAACUGUUUUGGAUUGUGCUUCAGAUCAGCAAGAGAGAGAUUUUCAUAAAAUAAACAAGGAAAAACUAAGACAGAUACGAGAAAAAUUUACAAGAAAACUUGCUGCAUAUUUUCUUCUACUUAUCAGUACUUCUAUAGUUUAUUAUUUUGUUGUUGGUUAUGUACUGUAUCCUGCUUGCAAAUCAAAUCUGAUUAAAAGAAAUCAUCUAUUGGAAGCAUACUACGUGAGGGUAAGCCAAAUUUCUGAGGCUAGCUAUCUUGCAGCUGAGUUGGCUCUUGGAAAAAAUAGCCCAGCUCCUCAAAUCCUCUAUCCGCAUUUUGAUAUGAAAGAUCCAUAUAAGAGGAUCUUUGAAGUUAGAGACAGCUAUUAUGUAUCAGGCCAUGUUAUUAGUAGUAUGAAAAAUAGAGAACUUUUUACAAGCAAUUUAGCAAUGCUGUUUUUUGAGAAAGUGCCCAACGCAAAAGAUGUGAUUUUUGAUAUAGGAACUUAUCCUGGAGCUCUUCUAUUAGGAGCAGAAUACAUGGUGUUAUAUCAUUUGGCCAUUCUAUACAUUUGUCAAAACUAUUUGGCCAAAAUUUUUCACUUACAAUUUUGUGAGCAGGAUAAGCUAAAUUUUUAUAUUAACUUGCUUUUAAAAUACUUUGAAAUUAAAGUUUAAGCGAGAAUUAUUUUUAAAUAAUUGUUAUUAAUUUUAUUAAAAGUAAUUUUUUAGGGGGAGUAAUUUAAACAUGGGGAAUAUUUUUAAAAUAAAUUAUAUAAAUUCCUUGAGCAAAAAAAUGGAGCCGAAUACACAUACUAUGGCUAUUCCAAUUCAGUGAAUAUUGUUAAGGAGUUAAAUAAAUUUUUGAGACGAGCAUGAAUAUUGCAAGAGAUGAUUAGAGCUCGAACUCCAAUAUUUGGAAGAGAUUCAAUGAAUUAUGUAGAUAAGCAAGUAAGCUAUGUCAGUUCUUUAACAGCUUUUUAUGGGGUAUUUUCCUUUCUGUUGUACUGCGCCUUAUACUGGCCGGUCAUUAGAAAAGAGAGCAAUAAAUUGCAAAAGCUUUAUGAGAUUUCUCAGCUUAUCCCAUCAGCAACAAAUAAAAAAUAG